GUCGUAAGUGGGUGGCGGCAGGAGUCGGAGGGGUGGUGACCGGGAGUCCAUGUGUUUUUUCUGUUGUUGUUGUUGUUGUUGUUCUCGUUGUUGUUUCAUUGUUGUUUGUUUUCAGAUGCCAGGCAUUUUUGGUGGGGGAAAAAGCGAAGCGGACCUGCUUUUUGGUGGUGGUUGUGAUUGAUUUUAACAUGGUCCAAAGUGGUGAAGACGCCAGCGACGUCAACGCAAGUGGUGAAGACGUUGGACAGGGGUGAUACUUGGGCACAUAAUAUUGGGCACUCUCUUACCUUGGAGAGAUGGACCAGUUCCCUCUCUCUCUCUCUCUCUCUUUGAAGCAAGGGGUUCCAAAUCAAGGUUGCAUGAUUUGCAACGAUUCGCUUGAUAAGGACUGGUGACCAUGGGGGUUUGGCUAUGCCGCUAUGCAUGGCCUCGUCGUUUCACCAACCAGCCUAUACGUGUCAAUCGACUUGAAGGAUUCCACCACACCCGUUUGACACUGGGAAGAUCACAUCGAUGAACGAGGCUCCUCUGAAAGGUUUUAUAGUAAAGAUCGCAGCUCGCCUGGUCUGCCCCAAUCCGUCCUAUUAAGGGCCCGGCGAUUGACAGGAAUCCAGAUAUGUUUGAUGCAACAACCUCAUGCUGAAACUGCCCUGGCCUUGUGUUACAAAACCUAAUUUCUUGCAACCUUUGACAGUCCAUUGCAAGUGCUCCUCACAGCUCAUUUGUACACAACCUCUCUUUUUGUUAGUCCAGCUGCCUGCCUUCUAGUCGUGCCUGCCUUCCACCUGCUAAAUUUUCACUGCAGCCUGUCAGCCAGGGCUGGUGCCAGGAAGCGCCUUUGGCCUUUCAGACUCUUGUGAAGAGCUCUUCCAACACGAUCCUUUCUCAGGAUCUGCAGGGAUUUUUGUGGCUAGCUGCUGGCAGGAUUUGCUCCACAGGCCGCAGUCAAAGCAAAAUCAUACAAAACCUGUAGGUCACCUGUCACUGCGACGAUCUUAGAUCUUCUCGAAGGCCUUUGAACAUCUUCUUCAUAUUUCACCACACCACCAGUGGGAUGGUUUUUCUCCCUCAUAGCAUUCUCCGCCUGUUGAUCCUGCAGUUGGACGUCCAGGCCAUGAGCGGCGCUAGCGGAGCCAGCAGCGCGUGCUCCUGGUUUUCAUGCGAGGCAGAGAAAGGGGUCGAGCUGGCAGAGGACACGUGCAGCUGCGACUAUCGUUUGUUCACUCCACAGUCCGGAGCCUCCACUUGCCAAGCAGAGGCGCGCUUCAGCGGUCUGCACGCGGUGCCCGAGACCUUUUGGCCUUGGGUCCAAGAGCAGUACACCAUGGAGUUCUUGAGUAACGCCAGCAGCCAGCAGGAACCACCGCUCGGCAUCGAAGAUUGGAACUUGGGGCAAAACCUGCUGCAAUCACAGGUCUCCAGCUCCCGAGUGGCCCAACGCCCGGUGAACGGGAACACCGGGUGCUUCCGCGCGCAGUGUUAUUGCGAUGCCCGGCGCUGCAAGCGCCCCAGCGGCUGGCAACGUUUUGGCUCCUUCACGGUGCCUGGCAGCGUCGGGCAAUCGAGCAACGUGAGCAUGGACACCGCGGUCCCCUCCACCGAUGUCUUCAUCGUUUGGGGCUUGGAGCAACAGACCUCCAACGACGCGUCCGCCUCUGGGCUGACCUUCCAAGCAGCCCUCAACUGGGCGGAUCCACAGGUGCAGCGGGAGCAGCUGAGAACCUGUGAGGCCACUCCUCCUGAGAUGGAGGUCCUCUCGCGGAAGUGCUUUGCCUCGGACUUCAAGACUUGGUUGGAGUCCAAGGGCGAACGCUACCCUGUGAAGCCGUCCGAGCUCUAUGCCGAGCGGCUCCAGGAGUUCGCUGAAGAGCAUGGCCGGGAGAAGUACUUCUGGCGAGCGCCCACGGGAGGGCUGGCGGGCACUGUGGCACGCCUGCGUGUGCCCAGAGAUACCCCGCGGCAGCAGCUCCAGGAAGGUUGGCAGCACUACAUGUCCUUGAGGAGGAUGGCCCCUUGGCGCUCCCAAGCCUGGACGGCCUUGGAAGCCAUCACCGAGGAAGAGGAACUUCAGCUCCUGCAGGCGGCGACCAACGAGGUGGCGCUGCUCUUGGUGAUGAUGCUGGCGCUCUGGACGUGCCUUUUCACCUUCAGUCUCCGCAUGGCCCUCGCCGGUGCCUGCGCUGGGGGGUUCGGCAUCCUCAUGUUCUUCCUUUGCCAACCUUUUGGGCCCCAGUCGGCGGCCCUGCAGCUGCUGUGCCUCUUGCUGCUGGUGACCACCCUGGUCGCGCCGGCUUCGCGCUUUCUCUUCUUCUACAGUGGCGCACGCAACGGUCCCAGCAAGCGCGUGAAGAACGAGAAGAGCACCUCCUUCGAGAUAGAGGAGGAUGCAGCCCAAGAGCCAAAGGAAGUGCGACAGGUGCGGGGUGAUCAGACGCAACGCUUCGUGAGCCUGGCCGCGGAGGAUCCGCAGCUGCAAAAAGAGAAGGAGGAACAACAACGACGUGCACAGGUUGCCGCAGAGCGAAAGGAAAUGCAGAGUCUCUUCCGCCCCUCGGCGAUCCCCUCGGAGCGGCGGAACCGGAGCACCACGGCACUGGGCAAUUCCUUGGAGAUCUUGCUGGGUAAUGUGCUGGCGAUGAUCAUUUCUUGGGUGACCUUGUGGGUCUUCGCGCCCGACAGCCUGGCACAGGUUGGUCGGAUCUUCCCAGUUCUCUCGGUGACUUUGCUGAUGGUGAUCUUGUGCGUGCUGCCUGUCCUCAUCCUCUUUGGCUUGGGCUCCUCCAGGGUUUGGCGGCAAGCCAUGUUGGCCUUCAUGGGUGCCAUCACAGGCUGGAACCGCCGCUUCGGGGGCCCCGCCUGCAGCUUCCCAGAGCUGCGGAAGCCAGAGGACGACGAUUUGGAGGUGAGCCGAUCCAUCAAGGUUCUCGGCUGGCCCUUCACUCGCAUUGCGUCUUAUUGGCGUGCCCACCAGGUGACUGCCAGCCGGAAGUGAAUCCGCCUGCCAGCCGGUAUAGUAGGUCAUCGCAAAUGCCAUUGCGGCGCUGUGAUACGCAUCGCUGCUGGGUGUGGGUGCAGCUUGGAACAAAAGGAACGCGAGCC